AUGGAAUCUUCGCAUCUACUGGAUGGCCUCUGGCACUUGGAGCUCGCGGGCGCCCGCCUCGUGCUGCCUUCGACGCCUAUUUUGGACGAUUUUUCGGCCGAGCUAGACACCUCGCAUUUGGCGCCGGCAGGCGCCGACACGAACAACGUCGACUGGUUCCACGACAUCUUCGCGUCUCUGGACGAAGCCGACGUUGACAACGUCAACUGGCUCAGCGAUCUCUUCUCGCACUUGGAAGCCCCCGACUCGACGCCGGCACCAAUGACUUGCACGUUCGUCACGAUCAAGGCUAUAUGUGUGGGCCGCCGUUGCCACACCUUACUCGUCAAGAUCGCGUUUUGCGCUGGAAAGACAAGCGAAAACGAAGGCUUAAAGGGCGGCGUGUGA